AUGCCGAACCCAUCUCAGCUAUUCCUCCUUGCUGAUCACAUCAAAUUGUCGCUGUUGGAGCGACAACGAGCGAUCUCGCUGAAUCUGGAGCCCAAUAGUCAGGAUGGAGAAAUCUCCCGCUCUUUAGAGUCUCUACGGGAAGGCAUUGAAUCGGUAGAAUCGGAAGUAUCGCGUCUGGAGGAAGCGAAGGAUGAUGCCGCCACUGAUCUCAAAGACCAGCUCCAUCAUCUGCAAUCACAAUAUCGAGACCUUUCAUCCCAGUUUCACGAACAAGACGAUUCGGUCUUGGACUCGGGUUUCAGUAAUGUCAAGAAGUCGUCUCCCGACCUGAAACAGCCUAUUCCACAGCAUCCGCCUUCCAAGUCUGUCCGAUUCAUGGAUUCCGCAGCUGAAGAGGCUGAUGAAAAUCGUCGCAACCUCUUUCAGCCAUACCGCGACUCUCCUUCUCCUCCAAGUCCGGACCACUCCGACAUGUCCAACCAACAGAUUUUCGACCAUCACGCUGAGACCCUCCGCGAGCAGGAUGAGCAGUUGGAUCGGCUUGGGGAGUCGAUCGGGCGACAGCACCAGCUCAGCAUUCAGAUUGGUGAUGAGCUGGAAGGACACGUCGCACUUCUUGAUGGCAUGGAUGGCGAUGUCGACCGGCACCAGCGACGAUUGGAUGGCGCGAGAAAACGGCUGGAUAAGAUCCGAAAGAGGGCGGGCGAGAACUGGAGUAUGAUGACCAUCAUUGGUCUGAUUAUCAUCCUAGUCAUUCUGAUUGUGAUCUUGAAAUAA